AUGUCAUAUCAAGAUCCUUAUCAAGGAAUGUCUCAACAAUAUAUUGGACAACAAUAUUAUCCUCAAUAUUAUCCUCAACAAAAUCAAUUUGAUGAACAAGAUCAAUUUCAAAUGGAAAAUAAUAAUGGAAAUUAUGAUCAUCAAUAUAAUCAUAAUGGAGGUUUAAAUAAUCAACAUUUACAAACAAUUGAUCAAAAUCAAUAUCAACCAGAUUUAAAUUUUCAAAAUUUUGCUUCAUAUAAUAAUGGAAUUGAUGCUCCUGCAAUUGGUACAACAAUUAGUGGAGAAUUUUAUACAGAAGAUGGAAAUUUUUCAACAAAUAAUUUACAAAAUGGUAUUUAUACAAAUUUAUCAACAAAUGAUUAUGAUAGUAACUUAUUAUCCCAACAAGAUUUAUAUCAACAACAACAACAACUUCAUCAACCUCAUUUACAACAUCAACAACAAUAUCAACAGCAAUCACAACAACAACAACCACAUCCAUUAGCUCAUGGAACCAAUUCUGCAGCUCCUUCAAGAACUGUUUAUUUAGGUAAUAUUCCAUCAGAUGUUGAACCAAAUGAAUUAUUAGAUUAUGUUCGUUCAGGUAUAUUAGAAAAUGUUAAAAUUAUUCCAUCAAAAAAUUGUGCAUUUAUAUCAUUUAUUGAUCAUCAAUCUGCAUUAUUAUUUCAUAGUGAUUGUAUAUUAAAAAAAUUAAACAUAAAGGGGAAUGAUAUAAGAAUUGGUUGGGGUAAAAACACACAAAUAUUACCUGCAGUAUUAGAAGCUAUUCAAAGAGAUGGAGCAACAAGAAAUGUUUAUUUAGGUAAUUUAAAUAAUCCAAUUACAGGUGAAACAAUAACUGAAGAAGAAUUAAAAGAUGAUUUAUCAUGUUAUGGUAUAAUUGAUUCAAUAAAAAUUAUUCAAGAAAAAGGAAUUGCUUUCAUUCAUUUUUUAAGUAUAUUAAGUGCAAUAAGAUGUGUUGCAAAUUUACCAUUAAAAGAAAAAUAUUUAGAUAAAAAAUGUUUUUAUGGUAAAGAUAGAUGUGCAUUUAUAACAAAAACUCAACAACAUAAUGCUGCUCAAUAUUUAGGUUUAGCUCCAGGAAUGGAACAUAUAGUAACUGCAGCUGAUCGUGAAUUUAUAUCAUCAGCAUUAGUACAACAAUCAGCAGCUGCUGCACAAAUUGCAACUCAAGCAGGUGGUGCAAAUAAUUUAGGUAAUCGUACUGUUUAUUUAGGAAAUUUACAUCAAGAAUCAUCAGUUGAAGAAAUUUGUAAUGUUGUUAGAGGAGGAUUAUUACAAAGUAUUAGAUUUUUAAAAGAAAGACAUGUAUGUUUUAUAACAUUUAUUGAUCCAAUAGCAGCAGCACAAUUUUUUGCAAUGUGUCAAUUACAUGGAUUAACAAUACAUAAUAGAAGAAUUAAAGUUGGAUGGGGAAAACAUUCAGGACCAUUAAGUAAUGCAUUAUCAUUAGCUGUAUCAAAUGGAGCAUCAAGAAAUAUUUAUAUUGGAAAUUUAAAUAAUUUUAAUUUAUAUAAUCCUCAAAAAUUAAGAGAUGAUUUUUCAAAAUUUGGAGAUAUUGAACAAAUAAAUUAUUUAGAAGAAAAAAAUUGUGCAUUUAUAAAUUUUGUUAAUAUUGCAAAUGCUAUAAAAGCAAUAGAUGGUAUAAAAUCUUUUCAAGAUUAUAAAAAUUUAAAAAUUAAUUUUGGAAAAGAUAGAUGUGGAAAUUUACCAAGACAAUUUCAAAAUCAAAAUAAUCAACAACAAAAUCAUCAGAAUCAAAAUCAACAACAUCAAAAUCAGCAAAAUAUAAAUUUAAAUAAUGGAACUUCAGUUGGUGGACCAUUGGGUAUAUUAGAAAAUCAAUUAGACCACCAGAAUAAUACUCCAACACAAGAUUUAAUUAAUGAUAAUAAUUCAAGAACUUCAAAUUCUUUUAGUGAUUUAGGAGAAUUUAAAGAAGAUACUCCUCAAUCUAUUUCAAUAAAUAAUAAUUUAGAUGGAUUUGAAAUUCAAACUAAUUCUCCAAUUAAUGAUAUAGAAUUUUAA